GCUUGUGGUUCUGAGGUGCGGUGGCGCUGCCGUCCCCCGCCCAGCUGGUCCACCAUUACCGCCGAGGAACCACCGCCGCCUCCUUCAAAAUGUUCCUCUCCGCCGUGUCCAGAGCCAGCCACCUCGCCCGGGCCUCGCUAAGACAGAAUGCCGCCAGGGUACCAGCGGUCACAGCGAGCCGCAGUAUGUCCAAACACAGCACAGAGACCGACGCAGAAUUGGACGCUCGGUAUGAGGCUUACUUCUCCAGGGCUGACAUUGAUGGCUGGGAGAUUCGUAAGGCCAUGAAUGACCUCUGUGGCAUGGACCUCGUACCUGAACCCAAGAUUGUGAUCGCUGCACUGAAGGCUUGCCGCCGCGUUGAUGACUUUGCCCUCGCAGUCCGCUUCCUUGAGGCUGUCAAGGAGAAGUGUGGCGGCAAGCAGAAAGAGAUCUACCCCUACAUUCUGCAGGAGAUCGGGCCCACCCUGAAGGAGCUUAGCAUCAGCACCCCUGAGGAGCUUGGUUAUGACAAACCUGAGCUUGCCCUUGCCAGUGUGUAUGACUGAGGUGGUUCACUCCCUUGUAUAUUUUUCCAAGACUGUGUCUCAUCCCAUUCAUGAAUUAAACCAGCAUAAGAGCAGUGUUAAUUGUCUUGGUGUAUAAAAUAGCUAAUGACAACAGUGGCCAUCACACAUGGGAGCUCCCCCCAUGUAUGUGUGGAGUUGUGAUGAGUUUGUACAGUGAAGAUUCUCCAAUAUAAAACUAAUAAAUUAUGUACAGGUGGUAA